AUGAUGUCAGAUACUUUGCAUACAUUCACUUACGCUCCCGCUUCCGACCCUAAUUCUUUGAAAAGAUUGAGUAGCUCUAGGGGGAUAAACCACUUUAUGAGAAUAAUAUUCGUAAAACAUUUCUCCGGAAUUCAAAAGAUAAACUCUUUAUCGCCUACGAAACAACGAAAGGGAUUAGAGGAGGGAUUGGUUUUGGAGGAUACUAUCAUAUUUCUGAUUCACGGUCCUCUUGAAGAGACUAUAGUGAAUUUUUUCGAUCUUGAUAAUCAAACGGCCGUAGGGUGCUAG